AUGGAUGACUCUACAACCUUCGGCUCUCCAGGAACCGAGACGUCGCCAGCCCCGAACCCUGGUCUCUCACAAGCGCCGUCGCAGGCCAAUGUCAAAAGCCAAGAUACUCAAGAUGUACAGAUGUCUGAAGAAUCUUCAAACGCGGAGCCGAUCACACAGGGCGGCGGAAGCCCUGCAGCUGGCGCAGCGGUAGACAAUUCAGGCGAUAUCCCAAGCGAUGCCGCAGCACCGACUACUGCCGCUCGCCUAGACGAGGAGAUGGGCGAUGUGUCUGAGGAUACCAAAGGACUGCCUGCCGGCUCGAAUGAUACUUCGGCAGCAUUGAAUGGAGGGGUUGAGACCAAGUCGAAAGAAGCGUUUGAAUCCGCUGCCCGGGAUCACCUCAUCUCUCAGACGCAUGCUAUUGUUCUGCCGAGUUACAGCACCUGGUUUGACAUGAACAGCAUCCAUGAUAUCGAGCGCAAAGCCAUGGCAGAGUUUUUCAACAAUCGCAAUCGGAGCAAAACACCGGCUGUUUACAAAGACUAUCGCGAUUUCAUGAUCAACACCUACCGUCUCAAUCCAGUUGAAUAUCUCACGAUGACAGCCUGUCGUCGCAAUCUGGCUGGUGACGUUUGUGCCAUCAUGCGCGUUCAUGCGUUUCUUGAACAAUGGGGAUUGAUCAAUUACCAAGUUGAUGCCGACCAGCGGCCGUCACACGUUGGUCCGCCGUUCACCGGUCACUUCAAAAUCAUAUGCGAUACUCCCCGAGGACUUCAACCCUGGCAACCUGCUGCAGACCCUGUCGUUUUGGAAGGCAAGAAGAAUCGUGACACUGAUGACAAGGCCAACACUUCGGUCCCAAGCAAGGGUGACCUCAACCUAGGAAUUGGCCGAAAUAUUUAUGAAGCCAGUGCUAAAGGCACUCCCAUUACGAAGUCAGAAAGCCAAAAGAACGGUGACGAAGCUUCUAUUGAAGAAGCCGCCAAGACGCCUGUGGCUAAGAUCAACUGUCACCAAUGCGGCAACGAUUGUACCAGGAUAUACUACCACAGUUCCCAAUCAGAUGCAAGAGCGAAGGCCAAGUUCGAUCUCUGCCCUAACUGCUUUACUGAAGGCCGGUUGCCAGCGAGCCACACUUCUAGCAUGUACUCUAAAGUGGAAAACCCUACAUACACAUCGAUUCUGGACCGGGAUGCGCCGUGGACCGAUGCCGAAAUCUUACGCCUCCUAGAGGGUCUCGAGCGAUUUGAUGAUGACUGGGGAGAAAUUGCUGACCACGUUGGCACUCGAACGAGGGAAGAAUGCGUACUGCAGUUCCUUCAGUUGGAUAUCGAGGAGAAGUAUCUCGAUUCUGAGGCGCCUACAAACCCACCCACAGGUUUAUCCAUGUUGGGAAGCCAACACGGCCACCUCCCUUUCAACCAAGUGGAUAACCCUGUUAUGUCUGUUGUGGGCUUUUUGGCAAGCCUGGCAGACCCUGCUAGCACUGCAGCGGCAGCAAAUAGAUCAGCAGACGAGCUCAAGCGUAACCUGCGAAAGCAACUCGAUGAGUCAAUGGAUGUAGAUUUCCGACAGACAGUUGUUACCACCACCACUACGACAACAUCGACAACAAAAACAUCCCUUGCUUCAAUCCCCUUGGCCUCUAUCGGUGCUCGUGGAGCGGUAUUCGCUUCGCAUGAAGAGCGAGAGAUGACACGAUUGGUCUCAGCAGCCGCCAACAUCAUGCUCCAGAAACUCGAAUUGAAGCUCAAAUACUUUGAUGAGAUGGAAGAGCUGUUGCGAGAAGAACGCAGAGAGUUGGAGCGCGGCAGGCAGCAGCUUUUCCUGGACAGGCUGGCCUUUAAAAGACAAGUGCAGACCAUCCAAGACACGCUGAAUGCGGCAGCCGAAGUAGGCGGAGUGCAGGGAUCUAGAAUGGCUCAGGAUAUUACCAUGGAUGGCGAAAAAUUGGGGUUUCAAAGCGUGCUAGAGGGGCAAUCAAUGCUGCCACCAAGCAGCGCCGGCCAGGUUAAGACCUUUGAAGCAUAA